GCCAAAAGAUUUUGAAGUAUGAGCUAUUUCGUUGCUAGGUCUUGUAGUGUACGCCCGUGCCAAAAAAGAGGGAAAAAAAUCGCCUUGUUUUCCGGAGGUAAAUCUCCCAAAGUGAGUCUGCCUCCCGCGAUCCGAUCUUUUUUUAAAAAAAAAAAUUCCACAUCCAAAUUAUCGGGAAGGGAUCGUACUGCACACAAAAAAAACAAGGAGGGAAGAUUUAAAAAAAAUAAGUAGCAAAAAAAAAGCCACAAGAUGCAGUUUGCAAAAAAAAAACCCACACCGGAUCGGGGCGAGAGGAUCAGAAACGCAACAGGACUGCAUUAAAGUGAUCUGAAAGGUUCCUGAGUGCAAGCUGCGCUGCUGACUCUAGGGGGAGUGGCUCUUGUUUAUCCCGAAUUCGCUGCGCUCAGGUUCACCGGGGGAGGCGUGGCUCCUCAAUAUCACCCCCUUCCAGCAACAGCAACAGCAACACCCACCGAGAAAAGAGGAGGGAGGGGGGUGGGGGAGAAAGGCAAAAAAAAAGUUGCCGAAUUCUACACGCAGAUGCCUUAACACUCAUGGAAGCAUCUGGUUGAUUGAAAAUGCAGUUAAUAUCCGCAAUACAAGAUGUAGCUACUGGGCAAAUAAUCUGGGAAAACAAACAAAUUCUUUGAAAAGACCAGAAGAUUGUAUCACAAGAUCUCCGGAUGGAUAAUGAAAUAAUGAAACGGAGGAAGUUCUCCACCAGCAGUGAGGACUCAGACACCACUGACAGUCACAUAACAUUAUGGUGUCGAAGUUCUAAGACAACAAAUACAAAGCACCCUUGGACAAGACAGGAAGAGAAGAAACCUUCAGAGGUUUUUCGAACAGAUCUGAUCACUGCCAUGAAGCUUCCUGAGUCAUAUCAGCUAAAUGCGGACGAGUACUAUAUACUAGCUGACCCAUGGCGACAGGAAUGGGAAAAGGGCGUUCAGGUGCCAGCUAAUACUGAGUCAAUCCCCGAACCAGUGGUGAGGGUUUUACCAGAAUUUGAGAAAACAGUUUUGGCUCCAAGAGAACAAGUGUUGGAGACUCUAACUGGCUGUGAGUCUUCCGAGUCUGGCUACAUGGACAUGAAGUUGCCUCCCAGGAGCACAUGUCGCUAUGACCUUGACGAGGUUGAUGUCUACUGGUUAGAACUGGUGAAUGCAGAAUUUCAAGGAGCAGGAAUGCUUGAAGUUGAUGAGCUGAUGAUGGAAAGGAUCAUUGAGGAGCUAGAAAGUCAAUGCCAGGAGAACAUGAACCUGGCAAUUGAGACGGAAGAGGGUCUCGGGAUUGAAUAUGACGAGGAUGUGGUGUGUGAUGUGUGUCGUUCCCCAGAGGGAGAGGAUGGUAAUGAGAUGGUUUUCUGUGACAAAUGCAACAUCUGUGUUCACCAGGCUUGUUACGGGAUCCUGAAGGUGCCACUUGGCAGCUGGUUGUGUCGGACAUGUGCGUUGGGUGUUCAGCCAAAAUGUUUGCUGUGUCCCAAGAGAGGAGGUGCACUGAAGCCAACACGCAGUGGCACGAAGUGGGUCCAUGUUAGCUGUGCCUUAUGGAUACCUGAAGUAAGUAUAGGUUGCCCUGAGAAGAUGGAACCCAUUACAAAGGUGUCACACAUUCCCGCUAGCAGAUGGGCUUUGGCUUGUAGCCUUUGCAGUGAACGGACUGGGACAUGUAUUCAGUGCUCAAUGGCUUCCUGUAUAACAGCAUUCCAUGUGACAUGUGCGUUUGACCACAACUUGGAAAUGAGGACUAUUCUUGCAGAGAAUGAUGAAGUUAAGUUUAAGUCCUACUGCUUGGACCACAGCAGCACUACUACCAAUUCCUGCACCAAACGGGAUGAGGCCAUGAGCAAACUGAAUGAGGCACGGCAGUUCGCCACAACCACUGAUGGGAUGGUAGAGGUGAAUCAGAGUGAGUCUGACCUGGAGAAGGCGAGUCUAAGGAAGCAGAAGCUGCAACAACUUGAGGAGGAGUUCUAUGAACUAGUAAAGCCCUCAGAUGUGGCCCAGCAGCUGCACAUGUCUGAUGUCUUGGUGGAUUUUUUCUACCAGUACUGGAGACUCAAGAGAAAGUCGAAUUUCAAUAAGCCACUUCUCGCUCCAAAAACGGAUGAAGUGGACAAUCUUGCCCAGCAGGAGCAGGAUAUCUUAUAUCGACGACUGCGACUCUUCACGCAUCUUCGACAGGAUUUGGAGAGGGUUAGAAAUCUCUGCUACAUGGUGACACGGAGAGAGAAAAUGAAACAAUCAGUCUGUAGGCUCCAAGAGCAAAUAUUCCACCAUCAAACCAAAUUGAUAGAAGAGAAUCUGCAUCGAGGAUAUUCUGGAAAAAAAACAAAAGGAAAACCGAGUGAUCCGAAGGAGCGUGGGAAGAACAGACCUAAGGUCGGUCUCGAGAAGAAAGGCAAGUUAAAGAGUGAAACGCGGUCCUUAUUGAAGCAACUUGGUUUGUCAUCCUCCAUUUCUUUGGAUGGGGAGCUUUUACAGAAUUGGCUGGCCCAGACAGUUCAAGUUAAGACAGAAAAUCUCCUGAGUCAUUGGUCUUUACACAGUGGUGCAGGAAAUGAAGAGACUACAAGCUUCCUGUCAGAUAAACUUCUGCAUGACGAGCAGUCAUUACUUAGCAUUGGUUCAGUGAACCGUGCCGGAGAUCCUCAGUCAGAACCACCCUAUGCACUGGAAAAAAAAUCCAGGCACAAAGCAGGGGAAGACAGUAAGCCUAAGUCCCUGAGAGAUUGCACAGGCAUUAUUCACACCAAGAAUCAACAUAAGAAACAGCUGGACUCUCCACUAGAUGGCACAUCCUGGUCUGAUAACUCCAGUGAACUUUCCACCCAAGGCAGUUACACAAAUGGGUCUAAAGGACAAGGGUCAAAGGCCAAUGGAAGUCACAAAAGGGCCAACGAUGUGCGAAAGACCAGCAAAAAGCAGGCCUCACAUCAUUCCAGUUCCAAGGCAGCUCUCCCGAGUACAUCACCGAUAAGGAGUAUCGGUCAAAUUGGUGAAAUGUUGGACUAUUUUGAACCUGCUUCACCUAAACCCAGUUCUUCAGUUAAAGUGCCUAAUGCAUCCACAAACCCUAAAUCUUGGGUAACUUUCAAGAUUCCAAAACCAAGAGAAAGCAGCAGAAAGUCACAAGUGCAGAAGCAGGAUCUGGGAAACAAAUAUCAGCAGCUGAACCCAGACAGAGAAAAAAAGCCCAAAGACACAUCAAAGGUGAAGCAACUCUUCGAUAAUGAGACUGAUGGCUAUUUUUCUGAUGCUGAAAUGAGUGACUCGGACACUGAAUCUAUGGCUAAUAGGUCACAAAGGCUUCAGCGCUUGAAUUCAGAAAGCGUGGUUGUACACCGAAAAUGUGGUGGAGAGGUUGUCAGAAGGAGCAUUCUGGCUUCCUGAGUAUCCUAACUAAUUGGAUAAAGAAUAGUCAGGUGGCUCAAAAUCCCCAGUUGCUACUCUCGCACUCAUUUCUGCUGGUAAUCUGAUCUACGAAAUGCUUACUCUGCAAGUUCCAAACUUAAUGGUUAAAGUUUCAGUGUCACUGCCUCUCUUUAUUCUACCCUACAGCUGCCAGCCUAACAAGAUUAUCAUGUAGUGAACUUUUAAAAUUCUAGUCAGUAACAGCCCUUUGAAAUAGGUGACUCAACUUGUAAUAAACCAGCAUGCAGUCAAAGUAACUAUGGUAUAUAGUGUGUAGUUUAUGCCCUGGCGAUCUGCAAAGAAAUCAUUUCAUGUUAUAUCGUGCCAGUUAUUUGAUGCCUUAUACUUUCAGGCAUUACAUCACUGUCAUCUUUACUCCCCUCCUGUAUUGUGCUUCUUCUACCCAAUUCCUGCAUGACAGUAGGAAAAGUCCGAAAAGUAAACCUUAAUUUAAAAACAGACAAAACUGUACACUAUAUACUAUAAAACUAAAUGGUUGACAGUAAGUUUAAGGCAGUGAUUCAGUCUUUGAAAGAGUUAUGCUACCGUUCAUAAACCCAUCAAGCUUUAGUGUCGAGAUUUGUGGCAUUAUCCAGAGCCCUCGAUUGAAUUGCUGCCUCAUAACUCACCAACACCGGUCUGUUAUCCUAUAUAUGGUGUAGAAACAUUUGCCGAGUUUAGUUUCUGGUUUUGCACUGUCAUAAAGAACUAAGGGGCUAAACGGUCACCCUGUUUACUAUUUUGAGGGAUGUUCUUUGCUCUAUCCAGCUUGGCAAUCUGUCUGCAUCAUAUUGACAUGUUGGCAGUCUGGUGGGAGACAUCAUGCCCCUGCGAUUAAGGUUUUGGAUGAGAAAGAAAAGCUACUAUUCAUUGAUGGUUAAGACAACGUGCAAGGAGAAAAAUAAAAAUUGUUAGAAUUUUGUGGCAUUCAUCUUCUACUAAAAAUAAAGCACAAAAUGCACUUUUUGGAAGUCUGUCACAGUGAAGAAAGUGCUGACUUCAUAGGCCGUAUAAGAGUUGCAAAGCAAAAGGGUUUUUUUUAUAUUUUUUAGAAAUUUUAGGAAGUAGCCAGAUGCUGAAAAGGAAAUUACAACAGUAUCAGACGUAAUGUGUACUGGAGUCUCGUACCCAGUAACACAGUUUAUUAUAUAAUGUUCUAGGUGUGUUAUACACAGUUACACACUGUAUUGUAAUAAAGGAGUGUAACACCCUA